AUGAGAGCUGUUUCUGUUAGUUUAUGUGUGGUGAUCUGGAUGUGCAGCCCUGACACGGCAGUAGCUGCAGGACGCACACCCAACGACUCUUCACUUCUGGGAGAGGAGAUGUUUUCUUACACGGACCACUUACUGAGCGUUUCGGAGCAUUUGGAUAACCGGACGUCUGGGUCUUUCCUCCUGGAUUUCGACGAGGGGAUGCUGGAGGACUGGCGCUCUCUGGCCAGUAAGAAGCGCAGCGGCGGAGAGUCGCAGGACGGCGGGAUCAAGGCGCUGCUGGUGGCCGCAUACUCACUGAUCAUAGUGAUCUCCCUGUUUGGGAAUACUCUGGUGUGCCAUGUGGUGGUGAAAAACAAGCGCUCCCUGUCCGCUACCAGCUUAUUUAUUAUGAACCUGGCUGUGGCUGAUAUCUUCAUUACUGUCCUCAACACGCCCUUCACCCUGGUCCGGUUUGUGAACAGCACCUGGGUGUUUGGGAGGACAAUGUGUCACAUCAGUCGCUUUGUACAGUACUGCUCCCUGCACGUCUCCACUCUCACGCUCACUGCCAUCGCUCUGGACCGUCGCCAGGUAAUUUUGCACCCUCUGAGACCUCGCAUGUCCCCGGCACAAGGCGGUGUUUGGGUCGCUGUUAUCUGGAUAAUGGCCGGCUGCUUCUCCCUACCUCAUGCAAUCUACCAAAAACUCCUCACUUUUACAUACAGUAAGGAAAAGGAGCGCAGCCUGUGUGUCCCAGACUUCCCAGAGCCAUCAGAUGUCUACUGGCAGUGUAUUGACCUCCUGACAUUCAUCUUACUUUACAUGCUUCCCCUUCUCAUCAUCACUGCCUCAUACACCACAGUGGCCUGCCGGCUGUGGCACCACAACGCCAUCGGUGACACAACAACAGCUCAGCACGCUGCCCAGAAGAGAAAGAGGCGGCGAACAUUGGCCAUGUUGCUCCUGGUGGUCGGGGUAUUUGCUGUCUGCUGGUUCCCACUUAACUGCUAUGUGGUGCUACUGUCCAGCCAGGCCAUCCACUCCUCUAACGCCCUGUACUUCUGCUUUCACUGGCUGGCUAUGAGCUCCACCUGCUACAACCCUUUCAUCUACUGCUGUCUGAAUCCCACCUUCCGCCAGGAGCUGAGGCUUCUCUUCACCAUGUGCAGGAGGAAACGUCGGGCGGUGGUGGGGUUGGAGCCGGAGCUACGCCCUGUAGCUGCUCCAUGUCACAGGACUGCUUGGCCCGACACCAACCAGUCCUCGAGACCCGGACGUGCUUUGUCACACCCGGGUAAUUCCUCCUCCCAGCAAAGUCACGCCUCAUCCAGUCAGUCCCAAAACCUCAAAGACACACAUGUGCUCUUCAUCGCCAGGCAGGUCCUCACAGGAAGGACUGACAUUCUGUCAGUGGAGCCCAUUGUGGCUGUGAGCUGA